AUGACGUUUUCAGAACUGGGAGUUGCAUUUUGGAAAGUGGAGAAGGUGUCGUACAGACUGUUUGAAGACAUGGGCCUCUUUGAAGCCUUUAAAAUCCCAGUUAGGGAAUUUAUGAAUUACUUCCAUGCUUUGGAGAUCGGAUACAGGGACAUUCCUUAUCAUAACAGAAUCCAUGCCACUGAUGUCUUACAUGCUGUGUGGUAUCUCACAACGCAGCCGAUUCCUGGCCUCCCGAGUGUGAUUAGUGAGCACGGAUCAGCAAGUGAUUCAGAUUCUGACAGUGGGUUCACUCACGGACACAUGGGUUAUGUGUUUUCAAAGAUGUAUCAUGUGCCAGAUGACAAGUACGGGUGUCUGUCCGGGAACAUCCCAGCCCUAGAGUUGAUGGCUUUGUAUGUGGCUGCAGCCAUGCACGACUAUGACCACCCAGGGAGGACAAACGCUUUUCUGGUGGCCACUGGGGCCCCUCAGGCGGUGCUGUAUAAUGACCGUUCAGUUCUGGAGAACCAUCAUGCAGCUGCAGCGUGGAGUCUCUUCAUGUCCCGCCCAGAGUAUAACUUCUUAGUUAAUCUGGACCAUGUGGAAUUUAAGCACUUCCGGUUUCUAGUCAUUGAAGCAAUUUUGGCUACUGACCUGAAGAAACACUUUGACUUUGUAGCCAAAUUUAACGCCAAGGUAAAUGACAGUGUUGGGAUCGAUUGGACCAAUGAAAAUGAUCGCCUCCUGGUAUGUCAAAUGUGUAUAAAGUUGGCUGACAUAAACGGGCCCGCUAAAUGUAAAGAACUUCACCUGCGCUGGACUGAGGGCAUCGCCAGUGAGUUUUAUGAGCAGGGCGAUGAAGAAGCCAGCCUCGGUUUGCCCAUAAGCCCCUUUAUGGACCGUUCUGCCCCACAGCUGGCCAACCUUCAGGAGUCUUUCAUCUCGCACAUCGUGGGGCCCCUUUGCCACUCCUAUGACUCUGCGGGUCUCAUGCCAGGAAGAUGGGUGGAUGACAGUGAUGACUCAGCAGAUACUGAUGAUCCGGAAGAAGAGGAGGAAGAAGCUGAAACACCAAACGAGGAAGAAACCUGUGAAAAUAAUACAGCUCCCAAAAAGAAAACUUUCAAAAGGAGGAAAAUCUACUGCCAAAUAACUCAGCACCUUCUACAGAACCACAUGAUGUGGAAGAAAGUGAUUGAAGAGGAACAGUGUUUAGCAGGCACAGAGAACCAGUCCCUGGACCAGGCCCCUCUGCAGCAUUCUUCAGAGCAGAUCCAGGCUAUCGAAGAGGAAGAGGAAGAGAAGGGGAAGCUAAGAGCAGAGGAGACCCUGGCUCCACAACCAGACCUGUGACCAUGGGCAGACAUGCUGUGUUUGCAGAUAGAAUGACUUGUCCCAGACACUUUCCAAGCCAGCACAACACUUAGACACAUCACUGUAGAAUACCAGAAGAUGGGCAAAUGGCUAAAGCGUUUGGGGAAUUCUUCACAUUUUGUGUGUUUGUUUUUACAGUGAAGGACAGCGCUGAAGACUCUACUCAAAGCUUUCACUUUGUGACACCAGCGUCUAAAGACUGUUUUAUAAGAAAGAAAUAUAUGUGUGUGUAUGAAUUCCCACAUAGGCUCAUGUAAGACUUAUAUUCACGUGUACACACAUGCACACUGAGAGCUAGGACGCCUGACUCCACAAGGUAGGAACAGUCGCAUUAGAUACACAGAGGUCACUGUGAUAUAAGAAAUCGUAAAGGACAAGAACUCAUGAGGAAAUGUGCAGCUUAGCGAGGAAACAAAUGUAGGCCCCAGACAGAACAGCUCUUGUUCUCCCUACUGAGGGAUGAACAUUCCAGAGCAUUGUUGGAAUUCUAAAGCAUCCUGCCAACUGUGUGUGUGAGUGUGUGUGUGUGUGAGUGAGGGGGGGGGGUUAUUGUACAUGUGUGUGCAUGUGGAAAAGGAGAUGUUUGUGAUUUUAGUUGUUCAUAGAAUAGCUGUAGCAGGUGAUGAAGUCCUUGUGAACAUACAGAAGGACAUCCUUUCUGGAGUGUCUUUGAAUGGCAGCCCCCCUCCUUUUAGUUUCUAAGAAGGUUCUUUUGCAGAGGGAGGGCCUGCAUGGGCCACAUGAUUGGUUACACUGCUACCUGCCACUUGGAGGUGCUCUGCCACCAUCCUCACAAUCACAAGACUAAGGCUUUCUGGUCUACUUUCUGCCUAAUGAAUGUAUAAGGGUGUGUGUGAGUAUACAUGUCACUCACCUGUGAUAAAAUCGCCAUGGAAGGGAAUGGCAUUCUUUACUGAUGGACACCCAAGAGGAGCUGGAGUCAGCUCUUCAUCAGGUAAGAGUUCUAAGAGGGUGCUGGGAAAGGCCCAGGAAAUCACGUUUAACAAUGAUACUCCAUGUCUUCUCAAUGUGAUGCCACAGAUGCUGUAGUGAAGAAGAGAGUCAGCAGACUCACCACGGGUUCUAUGGCAAGGGGUGAAGCCAAAAUGCCAACUUAGGGUUUGGAAGUUGGCCUGGGGAAAGCUGACCCUUGGCAACUGUUGAAGAAUGUUUGUUCUGACAUCCUAAGUUGUGGUCUUCCAUACACUGUGUGAUGGCAUAUCAUGGCUUUGCAGCCUGGUCCAUGUUCGUGCUCCUUUUUUAAAGGAAAAUUAUGGGGGAGAUUGGUUAUUGUUUGAGGAUAGACCAUUGUAAGCUAUUUGGGUCGUUUUGUUUUGUUUUCUACACUUGUUUAUGCUGUGAGCCAAACCUCUAUUUAAAAAGUUGAUACUCACUUUCAAUAUUUUAUUGGAUAUUAUUACAUAUGUCAUGACUAGCUACCAUGAUGUAAAUAUAAAGAUUUUUUUUUGUUUCUGUAGAUAGUAAACUUUUUUUAAAGAGAAAAAGGGGAAAAGGGAAACAUUUUAUAGUUAUAUUUUAAUCACCAUUUUUAUACAAUGUAGCUAUCUCCAAGCCCAUAGCUGGGUGUUGGUUCAUUGUGGAGUUUGAGGGACACCUGCCAUCUGCCUACUUGAGUUUGAUUCGUGAUCUGAUACUCUUGUUGCUGUUAAAUUAAGGUAUUGCAAAGAGAUAAACAUUUGCUAACCAAAUUAAUUUGAAGUCUUUCCAUGCUUGACAAAAAACAAACAAACAAAAACCUUUCUUAAACAAAUUGUUAGUAUUUCUCUCUAAGCUCUGUUGCUUGUAGCUCCUGGUUUAGUUCUGUAUUCACAGAAUUCUAGUCAUCUCAGCCUCUGAGUCCUCUGCACGGAUUUCUGCCUUUUCACACCCUUGAUUGUUUACAUUAAAAAUCCCUUUGCCUCCCAUACAUGGGGCUUGUGCCCUUCCCCUCAAAAGCAUGAUUUUACGGUAAUUCACAGCAGUUUUUUUUCAAAUAGACAAAGAUGAAAUAAAGAAUCAAAUAUUUCAAGACAGAUGUUCUAGUUCACAGGACAAUGCAAAGAGGAUUGGAAAGAUUCGGGCCUCACCCAAACAGCUAGAAUGUGUCUCCAUAUAUUUCUGAGUUAACGCCAGGGCUUCAGCAUUUCACAGGUCCUGAAUCAUUUUUCUUUCUUGAUGGUACCCAUGCAUCUCUGUUUGUAAAUCUCCUCUGAAGCAAGAACGCUUCUGCAGUGAACCCUUCCCCUGCAAUAAAAAUGAUAGACAGAACACUCACUUUCAUGUACCCUUCACUCAGUCGCUCAUUCCCAUCUCCAAGUGGAUGCAUGUCUGUAACAUAAAUAGUCAAACAAGCUAAAUAUGAAGUAAGCAGAUUGCCAUAUCCAUUACAAGUGUAUAUAUUGGCAGUUUGAAUAAAGCUGCAGAAUCCAAGUAGGAGCCAGGCUGGUUGCAUCAUGGGGGUCUCAGCUAACUGCCUAGUUGUGUUUGCUUUAAGGUAAAUGAAGUAACAGGAUAAUGACCAAAGCAGUUUGAAACUAUCUGUUCUAGAACUGAGCAAUUCUAGAAUGUUCCUGAAUUGAGUAAUUCAUCCAGGCAGAUUGAGUUUUUCUUCUUAGCAAGCACGUUGUCAUUCUACUCAAACGAAAAGACAACAAACUGAAGAGAAGGGUGGAGCCCACCAAGUGUGCAAUCUAAAGAUCCGCCCUUGAUAAAUCUGAAAGGGCAUCAUCAAAUGACAUCAUAAGUAUUUUCCAUGAAUGAUGUUGUCCAUCUUCUUGGCAACAGCAAUAUUACUGUGUUCACCUCCAACUUCAGAGUUAAUUUCCUGUGGUGCCAAUGUAUUUGAUGUGAUUUACUACAGUUUUAUAUGAGCCCAUACAGGUGCCAUUCGAUAAACUCAGGUCUCUCAGUGAAGGGGUUUCUACGCACUUAGGGAAAGGAUAGUUUUAUAGAUAGCCAUAACAUGCCAAUGGUAGGAGAAAUUGGAACCAGCUGCUCUCUAUGGAGUAGAUGCCUGUGUGUAUUCUGCAUGUUAUCCAUGGUAUUAUCAGCAUACUAAUUGAAUGUCUUCAUGGUGAUCGAACCCAGUUGACCUUUUUGAGUAGUAUUUCCUUAGCUGAAAUAACUCUUUUGCUGAUUUAAUUAGCUGUAAGGGGGGGAAGCAAACUGUUCUCAUUUAUGAUGACCUGGUUUGUUCUCAGUAGGACGUGAGCUCAGUAGUCAGUAUGUGCUCAUCUCUACGUGCCAUCACCUGGCAUUGAGAAAAUUGCUUCUUGUUUGAGAAAGUAUUUGCCUUCCUCCAUCAUUGAACCCUGCUGUGUUUGGGUUUUACAGCAGAACCAACGUUAAUCAUUGCUGCCCCUGUAGUGCCACAGAGAAAGAACUGAGUACCCUGCAAACUGUUUACGAUAUGUCAAUAUUUGCAGUCUCCCCGUGCCCUCUGCCUAUCUCUCCCAGGGAACUUUCUUGCAGGUAAAAGCUGUGCAAAAGGUGUGAGACUCAGGCCUACUCUUUGUUUAAAUGAUGGAAAAGUAUAAAUUAUUUUCUAAGUAAUAAAAAUAUGAAAUUAUCAUUGUAAAUAAAGUCUAAAGUUUGAAAUGACUUCUUUAUAAAAGUGGAGUAUUUGUGCGAUGAACAAUUCCUGACCAAUGGGAAAUGAAUAAUCCAGAAGUCCUGUCUGUUCUGCUUUGGGACACACUCUUGGUGCUUCCAUGAAGCAGGGACCUCUACUGUCCUCUUUAGGAUAGCUCUUAGAAACAUAAUGGAAACUAUAACCAUAACAAGGGGUUUGUUAGCCUUCUCCAUAGUCCUGAACCCCAUUGGAUGCUCCCCUUGAUUUUUGUGCCCUUAGUGAUUAAACUGGCUUUUCAAUGGCUGAAGGCUACAGUAACAGAGUUCUAUGACCUUCGAAGCACAGAUUAAAUGAAGACUGUCUGUCUACUCUUUGGAUCUGUGGUGGAGAGGGGGUAGCAAAAAUUUGCAUGUGAAUAGUUCAGCUCCAGAUAACCAUAAACUUUGAAACUGAAGUCAUUUUCUUACCUUAUCUUGCCCUCCGACCAAUAAAAUUCUACAGGAUUCUUUUUCUAGGUCAUUCAUUUCUUUCAGGAAUUUAGAAAGGAAACUGAAUUUGCUGAUAACGGUACAUUUAAAAAUCUAUUCAAGUGUAUUCAAACUUUAGAUAAGGAAAAUAAUUCACUGUUUCAAGCAGAAGAGAUCUCAAAAUUAAAUUAAUCUUAGAAUGUCUAACUAAUUAAUUAAUAAAGCGAAAUCCAUCAGUUUAGGGUCUUAGAUCCUUAUCAUGUCAAUUCAUCCUCCAACAAAUGCCCACGUAAUUAUUGAAAAUUAAAUUAGAAGUGGAUUAAGUUUUAGCAUCAAUUCAACUAAGCCAUACACUUUGGUCUAGGUGACUUAAAUUUUGCUUUUGAUGAGUGUUUAUUUGUAUGUAUCAUAUGAGGGAACCAUGAUUAGAGAAUAAUAACACAGUAAUAUAAUUAUCAGUAAUCUAUGUUUCUACCUUUUACAUUGUGUAUGCUAAAACAAUGUUACUUUUUAUAAUACUGCCUUUUGACUUACCUAAGGAUUGGUAUCAUAUUCAUGCUAGUAAAUUACCCUAACAAUGAUUAGAUGUUAUGACUAAGCCUUUUGACCUUUGUGUGAAUACAUUAAGUGUAUCCUUAGAUGCAAAAAUGAAGUUGGUGGGACCCAAUCUGCUGCUUCAAAGGGUUUUAAUGCAGAAAAGACCAUAGUAAACAGGCUGUGUGCUUUUGAGCCAGGCUAAAGGCUCUAAAGUAAUGUUACGUCUUAUCAUUAUGUGUUGGCAUCUUAGGUGUAUGUCUCCCCCCAAAAGUGUUUUGACACAUUGGGAAAAACAGCCCCUUUUUAAUAGACAAAUGCUCACUGUGGCCAUGUUCAGCCUAGAUUCCUUGCUUUGGAUUAUGAAGUGGCUCUUUAACCAUGAAAACUAACAAAAAGUACUGUUAAGUCCUUGUGUAUUGUUACUGACAGUCCUUAAAUUUGAUUGGUUUUCUUGAAGUACCAUUCUUUUAAGGUUUCUUCUUCUUUUAUCAUGCAAGGGAAAUUUUUCAGGAUUUAAUGUUUUCCUAAUGAUAUGGAAGCAAAUGGUGUAUAAGAGGAUCAAUAAGUACAUAAAUUGAAUAAAGUACAUUAAGAAUUUAAGUGACUACAUGGUAGCUCACCAGCCUCUAACUCUAGUUCUGGGCAUCUGACACCUUCUUCUGGCUUCCAUGGGCACUGCAUAUGCAUGGUACAGACAUAUAUGCAGGCAAAAUACCCAGCUACAUAAAAUAAAUUUGUACAAAAAAUACUGAGGCAUUUAGGUGCCCACAUUAUAAUCUAAGUUUGUCUGAGUUAUUCCAAUGCACAAAAAAACAUUAUUCAGUAAUUUAUCAUUAUACAGUUAAAAAAUCACAUGAUCUAUUACCAUAGAUUUUAUUUAUUAAAUUAUAAUACAGUUUAAAACUCAAGUUCUUCAACACUAAGAAAAUUAAACAUUAUAAAUUUUGGCUUUCACGGAUGAGGGUUGGCCUUGGGUUAACGACCCUACUGUGUUCAUCUGUAAUGUUUGACCAAACAGCAGGGUAAAAUAUGAAAUUCCUACAUAGAAAAGUAACAGAAAACUGUUUGUAAGGCCUUGGUAAUUUAAAUUUCCAAUCUUAUGAUUCAUACUUCUUUCAAAGUAAACAAACUAUUGCAGGAAAUUCUCACUUCUUAACAACAGAAAAAAGUAUGGCUCAAAGGAGAAAAGGAGUAGUUUCUCAGUAAUUUUACUUCCCUGCGCCAAUGCCAGCAAAGAAGGUGUAAUCAGAAGUGCCCCUCUAUUGGAAGAGAAAGAAGGACUGCUUUUCAUGCCAGGGUCCAAGUGACUCUCACUCCAUUUCCAUGAUGAAACCUGUAGUACAAACAAGUAGGUAAAGGCAGAAAUGAAGAUUACAUAAAAUCCUCCAUGCACAAUCCCUACACCUGUCCAACCUUCCCACAAACCACCUUAGAUGUUUGCUCUGGAGUGAAAUGACGUUGCAGGUCCAUGAUCCCUUCCCAGCUUCAUUUAACAUGGUGAGCAUCUCUACUCUUUUCUGAAUGUGAACAAUUAGUGCUCUCAGCUGCUGCCGCCACUGAGAAGAACUUUUCCAUAGUAAUUAUAUCCCCUUGAUAUAGCAAAAUAUUCAGACGUUAAUGUGAAAUCAAUAAUAAGUGUUUUAAAUUGUCCUCUUUGUAUAUAUAAGUUGCUGAUGAAUAGGGGUACUGUCACGUCUCCUUUAAAAUUUGAAUUGGUUAUUUUUCUAACUCAGAAAAUCUUCAUUAUACCAGAUAUUUCAUUUUAGCUAUUUAUACACAUACUCUGGAACUAUACUGUUGCUGCCAUUAAAGAAUAGUAGUAAGAUAGCUAUAUGAUACAUAGUAAUGGAGGGUUCAGUGACAUUUAAUAUAUUUAUUCACCAAUCACUAAUUUUAAAUGUGCUAUGAAAUAUUUGCAUGAGAUUUUUAACAUAUUUGCUUGGCUUUUUUAUUUAUGAGUAUCAGUUGACUUCAUACAUUUUUACAGUAGAACACAUACCAUAUUUUUUGGACCAGUAAGGCUGAUCUGUUAGCUAAAAAGCACUGGAGAUAAAUAUAUCUGAAUACACAUAGCCCCUUGAACUUUUUCCUGGAGGUUUUUAUCAUGCUAACCACAAAAUAAAAAUUGGUGCUUGCUUUUACACAUUUUGUGAGGUCUCAAGGCAAAAUACGGAAAAAAAAAAUAAAAAGAUUCUCUUUGUCCUUCUGUAAUGAUGUUAGAAAUUUUAAUCUGAAUCCGGUGGGUUUGGGUUUGGGUUGACAUGGUCAAUUUCAGUUUUUUGUUCUCAUAGAAAAUGCAUUCUGAUUCUUGAUUGAGCAGUUGCUUUGAUCCAUUAUUGCUUCUUUGUGGAAAAAAAAAAAAAGGCAUUGAGUGGUUCUCUAAAUAGCAGCUUCUGAAUAUUCAAUACUGUGUCAUAAUAUUUAUAACCCAGAAGGGGAUGAAAUUGAUUUAAUUUGGUGUUCCUAAAAGUGCCCAUUAUUUCAAAUAAUUGCCAACUAAAGUAAUAGUGGUGGAGGUAUCAUUUGUAAAUGACAGUUUGUAACAAUGCUUUUCUUACCAUACUAGGCCUGAAUAUAUUUAUCAAUUAGUAUCUUUGCCAAAUUUAUCCAUUUUUAGCAACACAAAAAUUUGGAACUUAAAUGAUUGUUUUACAACUGAAAUCAGUCUGGUCUUGUCACCUAUAUUUUGCACUUGAUGUAUGUAGCAAUAUUUAGUAUCAUUCCACCAUAAGUAUUUGUUAAGUGGCAUAGGUAAAAGCUGAAAAAAGUUUUGUAAAAAAUAGGAUCUGUACAGAAAGAGAAUUAGAUAAAUUAUAUAUAAUUUUAUUGUUUGUUUUUUAGCUUAGAAACUAUAUCGAUAUUCCCUUUUUGCCAGAAUUACUGGAAGUGCCUCUGGUUUUAUAUAUUUACAUACAUAUUCAAAAUUAUUAAAAUUGUGUUAUAGAUGAUCAAUAUGUAUGCUACAAUGUGAAGAUGAUGUGUAAUAUAAA